AUGGCAAAUAUAUUGAUAUUAUGCACGAUUCUAUUGUCAACGCCCUUACAAUACGCCGUCCAUGGACACAAUCACCACCCAUAUAUCCGAGUUCAUUACGGCCCACCUUACAGGCCCGUCGUUAGCCUGGUAUCUUUACGUCAUUAUAUGUAUCCUUGUGCUAAGCCGAUGCCGUCGGGUCAGUUGCGUGCUGUGCUGGUUGCCGCUGAUUUUGACAGAUUCACGGUCGGAGGAAAUAUUGGAGAUGCAAAGGAUGCUCCGGAAAACAGCAUGGCUGCACUGAAACUGGUGAAUGCUCUUUUAAUUCAAGGUAACUCUUUGAUUACCAGUGCGCUUUAGGC